CCAUGUCCCAUUUACUAACAUGGAGGUGGCAUGGUUAAUGACCUGUACUGCAGCCAACCACCAGAGGGUGAUCAAGGGAAUUUGGCUUCACUUUAGUGGAGCUGUCAUGUCGUCCAUCUUUAUUCACAGUCUAUGGGUGAAACAUAAAGUAAUUUUGGCCGUUGUUUAGCUGAUGCAGAUUCCUAUCGUUGCCCCAUUUUUUAAAAAGUGAAUGAAAUGAAUGACGACGUUCUGAUCUGACUCCAUUCAUGAACUGGUCUCCCAUCAGGUCUGAGUCAGAGGCCCACAGUGAUGAUUCCACCUCUGACGGAAGGACAGCUGACCACACUGACCUGCACUGCUCCUGGUCUCUGCUCUGGAUCUGAACCUACAUUCACCUGGAGGUGGCGAGGAAGAGGAGAGAGCAACGCUGACCUCACAGGAAACAUCACGGCAUUCAAAACUGAGAACGUGGCUGAGUUCGCUAAGAGACGCAGCUCGACUCUGUCCUUCUCCCCUUCAGCUGAACAUCACGGAACCAGCAUCACCUGCACGGUCCUCUUCCAAGGAAACGUGAGCACAGAGGAGACGGCAACUCUGAGUGUGAGCUGUGAGUAGAACUUCUUAAUUUCUGAGGGGCUGAAUUUACAACAGGAAACUUUGUGCUUUAACCACAUUAUAUGACUGUGCAACGUCUGUUUAUCUAUCGUAGAUGUGAAGGAAGUCAGAUUAACCCAAAAUGUGUUAGUGAGGGCGAGACUCUGACUCUGAAGUGAAGUGUUGAAGGUUUCCUUCCAUCGCUGAUCACGUGGACUAAAGUUUUUGACCAAAGCAGCAGAAAUGGAACAGGAACAACUCUGCGGAAAACCCCAAUCAAUGACUUGCUCUAUUACAAAGAAGAAAGAGGAACUUCCACUCUCUCUAUCUUUAAUGUCACAGCAGAGCUCAGGGCUCUUGUUUCAAAGGCUUUGUCCCCCCAACUUUUUCUUAGUACAUUAAAUCGUAUGGGCUGGACUGAUGAAGAGGAGUUUCUACUAUUUCAACAUGACUUAAGUGUCCUGUUAAGUGUUCAUAACUUGAUUUAUUUAAAUAGCUCUUCUAAAAACAACGUUACAAAGUGCUCCCGAUAUAACAUAUAUAGUAACAACACAUCAAAAUAUGAAGAUACAUUUAAUAACAAUUAAAAAUGUCUCGUAAUUCACCUGGUCUUGAUGUAAAGGAAAAUGUGUUGUUGACACUGAGGGAAGAAAAACAAUAAAAUCAUAAUGUUCCUUCUUUGAAGAAGAUUCUGAGUGUUUCAGCUGCGGCUUUAUGUUUUAAACAAACAAAUCAGAAAAAAUCUUCCAUAAAAAAAAUUGUCAAUGCAGCAGAAAAAUCUUCUCAUGUAUUUUCUCAGUGAUCCAGUUUUUUCAUUAAUUUGUACUUCUGAUAGUUGAAACAACAGCACAUCAGGAAUUUAUAACCGUAAGAACUUAAAUGAUAUAUUCUACAUUACUGUGUAUAAAGUAAAUACUGAUCAGACCUGCUGGUUCCAAAAAGAAGAAAAAAUUACUCCACAAUAUGAUGUCAUUCAAAAUAAGGUUUAGCAAACCUGAUCAGAAAUAAGUAAAAAAAUGGAACACUUACCCAAAAUCAGUGGCUGUUAGGGUUAACCCUUUUCUAGGAAGAGAAAUUGCUGAGAGAAAAAUUGAAAGUUUCAUCAGGAGAAUCUAAAGCCAGUCUGUUUUAUCUUUUAUUGUUUCAAUGCCCAUUAACUGGUGCGAAAAUACGUUUCAAAACACACACACAUCACGGAGUCGGCAGAGAAGCAGGAGCUUGACGGGAGGAGCUCCGUGAUGCUGAGCUGCUUCAGUCACAGCUUUCCCCCAGUCCAACACUACUCAUGGUACAGGAAGAGUCAGGGAGAGGAACAGGAUGAACUUGUGUCCGAGCAUCAAAACCACACAGUGUACUCAAACCAGUCAGGAGUCUACUACUGCAUCGCUCAAAAUGAAGUAGAUCAAAGUUUGUCUGAUCCCGUCCAUCUGUUUGAACGCGAGUGAAUUUCAAGGCCUUAUAACUGUGUGUUUUAUUGUUCAGGAGACAUGUGGGAGGUUUGUAUCAGAUCAUGUUUUCUGGUUGUCCAUCAGUACAUCCCAUUUCCUACAUCCUUCGCACAAAAACAAAAUAAGAAUCAAGGAGUAAAUGAUUUGAUUUCGGUAGCCAAAGGUGAAGCUCGAUAUGAUGCUCUCUCUCUUUUAGCCACAGGAAACUCUCUGCACAUCCUGAAGUUCCUCGUUCCUGCUCUAUUUGUCCUGAUUAUCAUCAUUUUAAUCGUCAUAGUUUUAAGACUCAGGAGGAAAAAAUCUAUUCAACAAGGAACAACAAACACCAAAUCCCCUUCUGGUUUUUCGGAGCAGUUGAGUCGUCCAGACGCCCCUGAACACCAGCCUCUUCCAGACAGCACGCCUCCGACCGACAUCAACCUUGUUUACAGCCUUUUGAAUCUGCCCCAGGCUGCCUCUGAACAAAACCCCACAAGACAGAAAGCUGGAAACACCGAGGAGGAUUCUGUCAACUACGCUCCUCUGAACUUUAAGAAUAAUCUGAAGAAGAAGCAAAGAAAGGUGGAAGAAGACUCCGUGUAUGCGAAGGUGUCCAAGCCAACACGAGUUAAAAAGAAGGAACCAGAGAACCUGCGGGACUAUGAUGACAUUAGUGAUGCAGCUGCACGUGCACCAACAUCUCCAAAUCUAUUGGACGACCACACCAGUGAAGGUGAAGUGGAACUGAACUUUCCACAGGUGAGAUUCACAGCAACGCCCCGACGUCAGACGACCAACAGAGACUCCAGCAGCUCACACCAAGAUGAGAGUCUUUACUCUAACGUCAGGAUUUGACCCGAGAUGUUCUCGUCCUGCUUUUUACAGCUACCUCGGGCCUGAGGAAGUUUAUAUUCACAAUAAGUCAUCACAGAGAGUCUGAAGAGUUCAUGUGUUAAAUCGUGUUGCCAUUAGGAAUAUUUUAAAACAAGUUAGCAAGAAGGCACAGAAGUUACAUUACUGAGCUAAAAUAUAAUAUAUCAAUAUUUAAAACUGUUAAUUAAAGGUUCUGGAGAAAAUAGUGAACAAAGCUAAAUGUGAGGGAUAAACAGUUUAAAUCCUUAUUUUGAAACUUAAAAUGUAAAUAAUGUGAGUGUAAAAUGAUUGUAUAAUUAACUUUUUAUAUAAUCUAUAUAUAUUUAAAUGACAUGCAGUUAGAUAAGAAAUGCUGAGAAUCACUGCUGAAUGUUUUUUUUUGUGCUUUCCAGUUUUGUGAACUUAAUCCAAAC